AUGCGGUGGAGCAAGUUCUUCCGGCGCCAGCAGGCGGGCGCGGCGGCGGACCCCAUUGAGGCGGCAAACAAGGUGGUGGUCUUCGGCGGCGGCAGCUUCGGCACGGCCAUGGGCACGAGCCUCGCGCGCAAGCGGCCGGAGCUGGACGUCGUCCUGCUGCUGCGCGACAAGGCGCUCUGCGCCGACAUCAACGAGCGCCACUGCAACACCAAGUACCUGCCGGACUUCACCCUGCCCAAGAACAUGCGCGCCACCAACGACCUCACAGAGGCCGCGAACGCGUCGUACGCGGUGCACGCGGUGCCGGUGCAGCACAGCCGCGCAUUCCUCGAAAGCGUGAAGGACGUGCUGCCCCCCCACGUGCCCAUUGUGUGCGUGUCCAAGGGCCUCGAGGUCGGCACUGGCUGCAUGAUGUCCGAGGUUAUCCCCUCGGCCCUCGGCCGCCGCCAGCCGGCGACGUUCAUCAGCGGGCCGUCGUUCGCGCGGGAGGUUAUGGAGGGGCGCCCGACGGGCGUCGUGGCGGCGAGCCGCGACGCGAAGCUGGCGCGGGACGUGCAGCAGCUGUUUGCGUCGCCGCUGAUGCGCGUCAACACGACCACCGACGUCAUCGGCGUGGAGAUCUGCGGGGCCCUCAAGAAUGUGCUGGCCAUCGCGGCCGGCAUUGUCGAGGGCCUCGACCUCGGCCACAACGCGCUCGCCGCCCUCAUCGCCCAGGGCUGCGCGGAGAUCCGGUGGCUGGCUGAGAAGCUGGGCGCCAAGCCGCAGACCAUGAGCGGGCUGAGCGGGCUGGGUGACAUCAUGCUGACGUGUUACGGGGACCUCAGCCGCAACCGGCGCGUGGGGAUGCGGCUGGGCAGCGGGGAGCGGCUCGAGGACAUCAUCGCCAGCAGCUCACAGGUUGCGGAGGGCGUCGCGACCGCGGGCGUCGUGGUCAGCCUGGCGCGCCGCUACCGCGUGAGCCUGCCGGUGCUGACCGCGGUGGCCCAGGUGCUGGACAACAACCUCACGCCUGCAGAGGCCGUGGCCGAGAUCAUGAGCCUGCCCCAGAUCGAGGAGCACUGA